AUUUAUAAUCCUUUUUCUAAAAAAAAUAUUGAGAGCAGAGUUACUGCCGGGUGAAUAGAAAGCUCGUGGUGGGGAGAAUUGAUUUAUUUGUUGCUACGAGAAGAUCCAAAACGUUUCAAGAGCCUGCUUACCUGAUCUGCUCGAUCUUGUGUGCAGCCAGCUGCGUGCGGCAGGAAGGAUCCGCCAUGGAUCCGGUGGCCACCGUGGAGAAGAUCGUCAAGAUCGGGCUCAAGAUCAAGGACGCCGUGGACAGGGCUCGCCAUAUCGUGGAGGAUUGCCGCGAGAUCAGAAAGAGGGUGCUCAGGUUCAGCGAAAUUCUGUCGCAGCUGCAGCAGACGGGGACGGUGGCCGACAGCCCGGCGAUGGCCGGCGCGCUGGAGGACCUGGAGGAGACCCUGCAACGUGCCCUCGAGCUGGUCACGGCCUGCCAGGAGAGGAGCAGCAUCCGCCGCGUCUUCGCGGCCGGGGACCUGUCCAAGCAGCUGCGCCGGGUCAAAGAUGACAUCUUGAACAAAGUGAUGCUGGCGUCCUUCGCCAUCAACGCCCACACCACCAUCGUGCUGCUGACUAUUCAGGCUGGCGGUCAUGCUCCGGCCCGGGAGCAGCAAGCGGAUCCAGGACUGACGGACAUAUCAUCUAACAUUCAAUCAACUGAAGAUGCUAGGUCUGAUUUGAACAGUGAGGAAAACAUUGUACUAACAGGAAAUGAUGCCUCCUUUGCUCCUUUAGUAGGUAACAUGGAUCAUUCUUCGUUCCUGUCAAGAAAAAAGAAUGAUCCUAUCUAG